GAUUGAGAUCCAAAACCUCCCAAGACAUUUUGGAUUUGCGGUUAAACAACAUGGUGACUCCACUGUGGAACCAGCCGUAUGAGGACCAGCUAUCCACCAAACAAACCAACACCAGGGAGUUUCUGAGGAAUUUAUCCAAGAUGCUGCAACGGAACAUUGGGGAGAUGUCUCCCUGGCUGAAGCAACAAAGGAAGAACCACAGUAGGAUGGCAUGUGAGUUGGAGCCAAUUAAGCCAUCGCCAGUAUUAGAGAGCUAUCGCAUCAAGUGUGAGUUUACCAUCGGCAAGAGUGUAGAUGGCAUCGAUAACACUGUUGGUUUUCGGCUUGGCGCUUACAAAGGUUUUGACCUACAAGAGAACCAUUCCACCAGCACCUCUGACGUACCGGUGACUGGUGCUGCCAAAACGGAUCCUUAUCACUAUCUGACGCAACAGCACUUCACCUCAGAGAUCUUCAAGAUUGAGAUCCAAAACCUCCCAAGACACUUUGGAUUUGCGCAACCGAAGAAGAUGUUGACUGGUCUGCAACUGAAACCCAAGAAAGUCAAGGCAGUCAACAAGGCAACCUAUGCUUUUGUGACAUUCAGCUGCCAAGAAGAUAAGGAGGAGGCAUUGAAAGUACUCAACAGACACAAAUGGAUAGGACAAGUACUCAAAGCCAAGGUAUUCACAAAGUCACUUGUGGUUUUUACUAUUGGCACUUGCUUCUGUUGGCACUUUCAAUGAAUUUACAUAACUGAUCAACAGUCUUAGUAUUGGCUACCAGUGCAAGGGGUCUCGUGGCUGCUAUUGCUGUGGUUACAGGUUCACGUUCCUGCAAU